AUGCCCUCUUGGGCCCUCUUCAUGGUCACCUCCUGCCUCCUUUUGGCCCCUCCAAACCAGGCACAAGUCACCAGCCAAGAUGUCUUCUUGCUGGCCUUGGGCACAGAGCCCCUGAACUGCUUCUCCCAAACAUUUGAGGACCUCACUUGCUUCUGGGAUGAGGAAGAGGCAGCACCCAGUGGGACAUACCAGCUGCUGUAUGCCUACCCAGGAGAGAAGCCCCGUGCGUGUCCCCUGCAUUCCCAGAGUGCGCCCACCUUGGGGACCCGGUACGUGUGCCGGUUUCCAGCCCAGGAUGAAGUGCGCCUCUUCUUUCCUCUGCACCUCUGGCUGAAGAAUGUGUUCCUCAACCAGACUUUGACCCAGCGGGUGCUCUUUGUGGAUAGUGUAGGCCUGCCAGCUCCCCCCAGUAUCAUCAAGGCUAGGGGUGGGAGCCAACCAGGGGAACUUCAGAUCCACUGGAAGGCCCCUGCUCCUGAAAUCAGUGAUUUCCUGAGGCAUGAACUCCGCUAUGGCCCCACGGACCCCAGCAACUCCACUGGCUCCUCAGUUAUUCAGCUGCUCUCCACAGAAACCUGCUGCCCCACUCUGUGGAUGCUGAAUCCGGUUCCUGUUCAUGACCAGCCUCCAUGUGUUCAGCCUACAGUGCCCCAGCAGCAUGGACCGAUCAGGACCUCCCCAACUGGAGAAGCUCCGUCUCUGACAGUGAAGGGUGGAAGCUGUCUCAUCUCAGGGCUCCAGCCUGGCAGCUCCUACUGGCUCCAGCUACGCAGUCAACCGGAUGGGGUCUCCCUUCGUGGCUCCUGGGGCCCCUGGUCCUUUCCUGUGACUGUGGACCUUCCAGGAGAUGCAGCGGCAAUUGGACUUCAGUGUUUUACCUUGGAUCUAAAGAAGGUUAUCUGUCAGUGGCAGCAUCAAGACCACACUCGCUCCCAAGGCUUCUUCCACCACAGCAGAACACGGUGCUGCCCCACAGACAGGGAUCCUACCUGGGAGAAAUGUGAAGAGGAAGAGCCAGGAUCACAGCCUGCUCUGUUCUCCCGCUGCCAUUUCAAGUCACAAAAUGACAGUGUUAUUCACAUCCUUGUAGAGGUGACCACAGCCCAAGGUGACAUUCACAGCUACCUGGGCUCACCUUUCUGGAUCCACCAGGCUGUGCUCCUCCCCACCCCGAGUCUGCGCUGGAGAGAGGUCUCAAGCGGGAGGCUGGAACUGGAGUGGCAGCACCAGUCAUCCUGGGCAGCUCAAGAGACCUGCUACCAGCUCCGGUACACGGGCGAAGGCCAUGAGGACUGGAAGGUGCUGGAGCCGUCUCUCGGAGCCCGGGGAGGGACGCUGGAGCUGCGCCCCCGAGCUCGCUAUAGCUUACAGCUGCGCGCCAGGCUCAACGGUCCCACCUACCAAGGCCCCUGGAGCGCCUGGUCUCCUCCAGCUUGGGUGGACACGGGAUCAGAGACUGCUUGGAUCUCCUUGGUGACCGCUCUGCUCCUGGUGCUGUGCCUCAGUGUCCUCCUGGGUCUGCUGCUGCUGAAGUGGCAGUUUCCUGCGCACUACAGAAGACUGAGGCAUGCUGUGUGGCCCUCCCUUCCAGACCUACACCGGGUCCUAGGCCAGUACCUUAGAGACACUGCAGCCCUAAGUCCUCCUAAGGCCACAGUUACCGAUACCUGUGAAGAAGUGGAACCCAGCCUCCUGGAAAUCCUGCCUAAGUCCUCAGAGAGGACUCCUUUGCCCUUGUCUUCCUCCCAGCCUCAGAUGGACUACCGGGGACUGCAACCUAGCCUGAGGACCAUGCCCCUGUCUGUGUGUCCACCCAUGGCUGAGUCGGGCUCCUGCUGCACUACCCACAUCGCCAACCACUCCUACCUACCCCUAAGCUAUUGGCAGCAACCCUGAAAGCGGUUCCCUGGUUACCAUAGAUACAUACUAACUUCUCCACCCUUAACACCAACACCAUCCAUUCUGUUUACCCAUCCCCUUGGGUUUUAUAACACUGGUCUCUCCAUACUGCUGCUGACAAAUCCAGAGCCCUCUCUCCACAGCCACUACUAUAUUAGACUCCUCGGGCUUUUUUUUUGAGGCAGGGUUUCAUUAUAUAGCCCUGAUGACCUAUCACUAGCUAUAUGGAGAAGGCUGGCCUGAAACUCAGAGAUCUACCUGCUGUAACUAAAGGUUCCAUGCCGGUAACUUCUUAACGAACUCUUGGGGGAACAAAGUCUCUAUUUCCCCACCUCCCAUUGACCCUUUAGAAUGAGUUCCCCUACUACCACAUUGCUAAUGAAACUGCAGGCCAAGUUCAUGUCAAGCCUUUUAAUUAUGGGAUCCAAUAGGGUCUUGUUGGUCAUCCAUUUAUUUGAUCUCUCAGCAUUUUCCUCCACCCUGGUUCUGCUCCUGCCUCACUGAGCACACCAGCGGUAGAACCAGCUCAGGAGCUAAGCCAGGUUCCGCGCUGUCUUUCACACCUGCUAGCUGCACAAACUUAGGCAAAUAGCUGAAAGCCUUCCAGCCUUUCCCUCUCAUCUACAAAGCACGACAAUACUAGAACCCCACAGACCUGCGAAAACAAUUGAGAGCACAUUGGCAAAGACAUGUUAACCACUUAAUGUACCUCAACUAGUGUCCUAAUUAUUUCUUCUCCAUCUCCUAUUCUAGCCUUUAUUAUACGAUGAUCAUUAAAAAGUUCCUGUCUCGACAGGCAGUGGUGGCGCACGCCUUUAAUCCCAGCACUUGGGAGGCAGAAGCAGGCAGAUCUCUGUGAGUUUGAGGCCAGCCUGGGCUACAGAGUGAGUUCCAGGAAAGGCGCCAAAGCUACAGAGAAACCCUGUCUCGAAAAAAAAAUUUUUUUUUAAAGUUUCUGUCUCCAGCCCAGACUUCUAGUAAAGUGCCCAUGAUGCUUUGUGUGACUUUUUACAUGUGUGUUUCUUGCUAUUGGAUAGUGAGUCAUGAGGGCGAGGAUUUGUCCUUUUCCCCCAACACCUUGAAUACUCUUUGGGGCAUGAUAGGUAAUAGACCUUCAAUAAAUACUGUCUAAAUUAAUGAAAAUCUUUCUAAAUGAUGUUUCCUUAAUUCCAUGCCAACUUCCUUCAUAUUUCAAGCCACUCUUAUGCAAUGGUAAAUAAACUUAAACCACUCAAGCUACA